CCAUCUCUCUGUCUGCGAGUCUGCGAGUCUGCCAGAGCGAGCGCAUACGCCGUUCUCGCGAAGCUCGGAGAUCGCCGGAACCGGCGAAUCCGUCGCCGUCGCCGGCGCCGUCGGCGUCAGCUCCGAGCAGCUGCCGCCGUCUCCUUCCUUCCCCCGCAGGUGCGUGUGACUGCGCAUCCUCUCUUUUCGGCUCGACGUAAGCGACUGCUUACAGCUCUGACCUGCGCAAUUGAAGGCUUUUCCGUUUGGUAUAUCAGCAGAGAUGAUGUUCCUGCGGAGGAAGAACCCUCAAAACCAUCCGGAAAAUGAUUCUCUGCAGAAAGAUGAAAAGGUUAGUGAGCUCAGGGCUGAACUUGGACCUCUAUCUGGACGUAGUCUUAAAUAUUGCACCGAUGGAUGCCUGAGGAGGUAUUUAGUAGCUCGAAACUGGAACGUUGAAAAGUCAAAGAAAAUGCUGGAAGAGUCGCUUAAGUGGCGGUCCACUUACAAACCUGAAGAAAUCCGUUGGCCCGAAGUUGCGCAUGAGGGUGAGACUGGAAAAGUUUCUAGGGCGGACUUCCAUGAUCGAUUCGGAAGGACUGUGCUCAUCAUGAGGCCUGGAAAGCAGAACACAAAAUCAGCAGAAGGAAAUAUCCGCCAUCUAGUCUAUCUGAUAGAAAAUAGCAUCCUCAACCUUGCUGAGGGUCAGGAAUCAAUGUCAUGGUUGAUUGACUUCACUGGAUGGACAUUGAGGACACAAGUUCCUGUCAGAACUGCUCUCGAUAUUAUCAAUGUCUUACAGAGCCACUACCCUGAGAGGCUUGCCGUAGCGUUUCUGUAUAAUCCACCUAGAAUUUUCGAGGCAUUCUGGAAGGCAAUCAAGUACUUCUUGGAUCCAAAAACCUUCGAAAAGGUGAAGUUUGUUUACCCGAAAAACAAGGACAGUGUGGAACUGAUGAGCACCUUCUUCGACGUGGACAACCUUCCGAGCGAAUUCGGGGGCAAGGCCACACUGAAGUACGACCACGAAGAGUUCUCGAGAAUGAUGGCCGAGGACGAUGUUAAAACAGCCAAGUUCUGGGCCCUUGACGAUAAACCUCACAAUCCUUCUAACGGGCACGUGGGCGUGGAGGCUUCACCCAUACUCAUCGCAUCACCGGCCAGUUGAUUUAGCUUCUGCAGCGCCACCCAUCAUAUGUAAGAAACUAAGUGAAAACCACGAGAUCUACCUACUUAAUGUGAAAAUGAUGAGAUCCUUUUCUUUAGCCGCAUAAGCCAUUAUCGAUUCUGUAAAACUACUCGUACUCUCUCAACAAUGGAGGACAUUCUUUUAUCGCCCCAUCACUUGAAUAGUAAAGCUCCGACGUUGAAGAUGACCAA